GUCAGAGGCAGUCAGUGUGCUCACGGCAGUGGCUAGUGUCGGACGCGCUUCUCUCUCUCUAGCGCCGCUGCCUGCCAGGCCUUGAGAUCACCCGCGCUCUGCUCCUCCUCACACUGCCUCUUCUGCCCCAGUGGUCCCUGGAUAUGUUCCUGGUGCUCCCUCACGCCCUCAACGUCCUAGCAGGAGCUCUCAAGUGCUGGAUUACUACCCACCAAGUGUGCGACUUUAACAGUGUCUUCCUGCACUCAAUAACACAUUGAGACUUAACCCGUGAAAUAUAAAUAUAUAUAAGUUUACAUAAGUGAAACAGAGUUUACUAGUGUUUGACCGAGGGGUAAACCCAAGGUAAAGUGCGAUUCUCAUACCCCAAGACCUCGGAGAGGCGUUGUGCUCGCUCAAGACCUCAUUACUUCCUUGUCUGACCUGAGGCAGCAGUUCGCCUUCCACAGGUCAGUGAGGGUGAUGGCGCCGCAGCAGCAGCAGUCAUCUCCCGCGGGUCAGGGGUCUCCGUCAGCGCCGGCGGCGGCCACCUCUCCCGCCACCCCUCCGGGCCUCCCCUCCCCCACCCACCACCCAGGGUGUGGAGACGAGGCGGCCAUGGAGAGCGGCAACUGUGGAGCCACGACCAUCACUGGAGAGGCUGGCACCAGGCCCACCAUAGCCACCAGACACAUCCUUGUCCUCAUGGGCUUCUUGGGCUUUAUAAACAUCUACAUGCUUCAACUCAAUUUCCUUGUAGCGCUGCCGGUGAUGGUCAACCACACAGCCAUUGACGGUCAGGACUACUCUCUUUCCAGCAUGGGCAUCCAACCUGUGAUGAAGGAGGGACCUGUGCCACUCCGAGGGAGUGGCCCGCCUGACGAAGGUGGGGCAGCCUUCGAUACCAGUGUCGAUCCGACCCGCUCUGUGGUGGGUCAUGGCGAUGUCAUAGGUCCCAUAAGAGACGGUCCCAUAAGAGUUGGUCUGUACAAAUUUGCAGCAGGGACGACCAAGGUACAGGCGGGCAAUGUACAUGACAACGAUGGCUUCAUUGUCACUCUGCCGCGAGGUGCUACUUAUGGCCACAUUUCGCACCUAAUGGGCACGAAUCAGGUACCUGAUCAGUCUUCAGGUAACGAAGAUUUGGAGACUACUACACCCUACGUGACGGAGGCCGGCACCUCUGAUGAGGAAGAGUUGUACACCACCGUCACCAGCGACCACCCUGUCACGCUGUCUUCUUCCUCACAACAGCGCUCUGACAAGUUCGCUCAAUUUGCUGAAUUGUUAAAUGUAAACGAGGACACUACUAAUUUUCCUGUUCCUGGUGCAAAUGGUUUUGAUGGCCUCCUUGGCAGCACUUUAAUUAUUCUUAAUAGCAAUAGAUAUCCACAAGCUGGCACUACAGUGCCUGACACACCUGAAAAUAUCAUACCAACUGUUACUAGUCUUGAAGACAUCACAGCAGUCACCCCAACUCAACGUGACUCUACGACCAGCACCACCAAGAGUGACAUCAUGUCAACAUUAGCGCCUUCUGGCAUGACUGAACAACACCCUUCCACCACAACGCCCUCUGAAAAUAAAAACGCAACACUGCCAUCCAACAAGUCCACAACUAUCAUGGCUGCUGUCAUUCCCAGCCAAGUAAAUAACCAUGAAACACAAACUGCUCAUCAAAAUAGUUUUACCACAGCUAUUCCACCUCAGGAAACCCCUGCAGAUGGAAAGACUAGACCCGAGACUAUCAACACAGCUGUUCCCAAGACCACCGUAACAGUCAUAGAGAUCACCCCCACAAUCGCUACUACUGGAGAAGUCAAUGCCAGAGUGCUGCCAAACAUAAAGGUAGCUACUAACGGCUCGGCUAUAACAGACACCAUAAGACUCCGCAAGGAAAGAUCAGUGGAAGACAAACACGUGAAUUCGUCGAACAACAGCGAGGAGCACAUUGCCUCCUGCUCACCGACUGAAAGCUGUGAGUCAGGAAAAGUCAAGAAUGACACAAAGAAAGCUGGAGUGUCUGAGGAAAUUUAUGAAACAGAGGUUCUUGAUGAAACAGAGGAUAUAACUGUACAAGCAAUGACAGCAUCUGAAGUUGAGGAAAUUGAUGGUGAAGGCGAACAUAACGUAGAAUUUGAUUUCGAAAUAGCUGGCAAUGGAACCCGAAGUCUGAAUUGGAUCCUGGGUGAGGACUGGGACAUUUACAACAGAACCAACUCGACUGAAAGUGACUCCUCCUCCUCCAGCUCGUCGUCAAGCGAGUCUGAGAGUGGAGACAGCAGCUCCUUCAGCAGCGACUCCAGCGAGUCUGAGGAGUCUAACGAGGAGAGCGACGAGGACGACAGUAACGAAGCCAGAGAGUUUAACUCAGCCGAGCUAGACGACCUCCACUUCUUCAGUAACGACUCCCGAGAGUACAUCAACGGCCACCGCUUCAGACGACACAAUGGGUCCUUUGUGGCCAACGGCAACUCUUCCGAUGACAGUGGCAGUGACGAGUCUCUUUUUGAGGAUGACGAUGAUGAUGAUGAUGAUGAGGAUGAGGAUGACGAUGAUGAUGAGGAUGAUGGUGAUGAUAAUGAAGAUGAAGAUGGUGAAGGUGAGGACAAAGAAGAAGGUGAUGAAGAUAAAUCAUCGGAAUACACGAAGAGUGCCAACGGAGAGAUCACCCUGGCUGGACAGAAGUUCCCUUCAACUGUAUGCUUCGAGCCCCGCAUGAUCCAGCGGCCCGAGCCCCAGCAGGACGGCGAGUUCGUGUGGGCGGCCGACCUGCAGGAGCGGCUGCGGGCAGCCUUCUCCUGGGGCUACAUACUGACGCAGCUGGUGGGUGGUCGGCUGACGGGUGCCAUGGGCGGGAAAAUGCUGCUGCUGAUGGGUGUGCUUCUAGCCGCGAUACUCACCGUGCUCACGCCCACCGCCGCCGCCUUCGGCCCAUACUGGCUGCUGGCGGCCCGGAUCAUGGUGGGCGCCGCUGAGGGCGUGUGUGUGCCAGCCAUGCAAGCCGUCUUAGCACAGUGGGCGCCGCCCCUAGACCGCACUGUUAUGGUCGCCUUCACAUAUUCUGGUCUGGCGGUGGGGGCAGCGCUCGGCGGUCCUCUGUCAGAGUGGUUGGUGCUGAUGAUCGGCUGGCGAGGGCUCUUCUAUAGCCAGGGAGCGGUGGCGCUAGUGUGGUGCAUCCUCUGGUACUUCCUGGUCACCGAGAACCCCUCCCAGCACCCCAGGAUCUCACUACAGGAGAAGAACCACAUCACCUCGUCGAUCGGGGUCCAGCACGCCUGGCGAGGACUCCCGGUGCCUUGGUUCCACAUCUUCAGGUCGCGACACGUGGUGGCCGUGGUGAUGGCCGAGCUGGGCUUCUCUUGGGCCUGGUUCACUCUCCUCCACCACGCCCGCGAAUAUUCUGUCACCGUCCUCCACGUUCCCCCUCACCAGGUGCGCGUGGCCUGGGGCACAGCGCUGAUGGCCAUGUGGGUGAUCGCCAUGGUCUACGCUACCCUCUCUGACUGGAUACGACGGACCAACAGACGCUCCACUGUUGUCGUACGUCGCGUCGCCAACACCGUUUGUGCCUUGGUGACGGCGGGCUGUCUGAUCGGGGUGGCCCAGUCCAGCUGCUCGCAGGUGGCCGUCAUGGUGUGGAGCUCCAUGGCCCUGGUGAUGGGACUCUCCGCCUCCUUCUCCACCUUCCGCGUCAACAGCAUCGAGCUGGCACCCAACCACGCUGCCGCCAUCGCUGGCUUGAGCGGCACCAUCAGCGCCUCCGUCAAGAUACUCUCCCCGCUCUAUGUCGCUUACCUUACUAAUGGCCAGGCGACGCUAGAGCGGUGGCGGAUGGUUUGGUACACCGGAGCGAUCAUCCUAACACUUACCAACUGCCUCAACUUCUUGAUGGCAUCGUCGAAGGAGCAGACCUGGAACAGACCUGUGGCAGCGCCAGUGUACCCUAAGAGGGAAGUCAAUAAUCUGGUCCAGCGGCGGACACGGCUGCCCCGGCCUCCCCACCAUGGACAACUCCGGGGCAACAAAAACCCCGCGUACGUCUUCACCGAACAGUUGUAGAAGUUCACUGAUGGAGGCCAGUGUUACCUAAUAAAAUAUUAUCUGCGCUCCUGGGAACCAUAUUCGUCAGUAACCGUACCGGAAGGAAAUGACGACCUUAUGUUCUGAGCAGGAGGAGCAGCGCCGGUCUGGGCUGGUCCUGUGUUGGGCCAAGUUACCGACAGUUCCACUAUCAUCAUUCCCGGUGAUGUCUUUGUCUCGACUAAUACUUGCCAAUGACAACACUGCUCAUUGGUUUUCAAAAUACAGGGAUAAACCUUGAAGGUGGUGACUGUGAGGAUAAUAUUAAUUAUACUAUAUGCGACAUAUAUCACAUCAGCGUUCACAUCUGUACAAUGUUAGCAGAUGUUGCAAGGGUUUAGAGUUCCGUGUUCAGGGGAAUGCCAGCACAUGUGAGAGUGCGCCUCUGAUCAUUAUGAGGCCGUGUGGCCUACCUAGUUACACUUCUGCGAUACCAUGCUGCAACACACGGUUUGGUCAAGCCCAGCAACAUCUGGAAAUGUUGCUGGGGAGACUACCGCAGCUCAGUGUCCCUCCACUGGGAGGGACCAGUGACCUGGUGGAGUGAUGGACCAACAGUCAGGGGCUGGUAGCCUCGGCCACACUGGUGACGGCUGUCAUGGCGCCUCGCCCUCCACACAGUAGCAUGUAACAUGAACUUGUGUUUAAGGGAGUCUUAAAUCACUGCCGGCUCUCAAUAUGCACUCUACCAUAUUUAUUGCUAACAGCAUUACCGCCUGCAGUUUUUUGUAUAUAAUUAUUUUACAAAACACCAAUAAAAUUUAAUUAAAAUGUG